GCAUCUGUCACAUUUUCCAUUCAGAUGUCUUGAUUUGUGUUGUUUCUGUUUUAUCCCAGCUUAACAUGCUUAGCAACAAACUCCCAUGGGAAAAUAGUGUCAUAAUUAUUUAUUAAAAGUUCAAACCCAGAAGUGUCAAUAUGGAUUUCGAUAGUCCCGAUGUAAUGAAGGAUUUCCCUGGCUUAUACGCGUCCGAAUUAAAUAAGCAGUGCAAUAAUGACAGCGACUAUAGUGACGAAAAUGACAAAGUCAUGAAAAAGGACAUCCUCAUUGGCAAACGCAAAGAGAAAAAGGAUAAAGACAAGGGUUAUGCCGCUUUAGAAGGGGAAAGUUCAGCUGAUGAAAAUUUCAAAUCAAGAAGCCCCUCUAAAACAAAAAAAGCCAAACCGUUCAAAUUCUCUACUAAAGCCAAAGAAAAAAGGGACAAAUCCAGGGAAAAAGAGAAAGAUCUUGACAAGAAGAAAGAUAGGGAUAAAAAGAAUGAUAAGAAGCUUGACAAGGAAAAAGUCAAAAGUGAGAAAACGAAAAAACUCAAACAGUCAAUUGACGAAACGGCUGAUAUUGGCGACAUUUUGCCGAUUUUUGGGGCUAGUUUAGACGUGGCUGUUGAGAGAAGCCGGUGCCAUGACGGUGUAGACAUUCCUUUACCCAUACGGGAGUGUAUAGACUAUGUAGAAACAGUAGGUAUAUCAUUUGAAGGAAUUUACAAAAUCAGCGGAACAAAAUCAAAAGUUCUUCAAAUACGUAAAAUGUACAAUCAGAGGGGCAAUAUUAAUUUAAAUGAUUAUGAUCCUCCUACCGUUACAAGUUUAGUAAAAACAUAUUUAAGAGAUUUACCAGAACCACUUUUUACAAAUGACCUUUUAAUACGUUUUGAGGAAGCCGGAGCCAUCCUUAAUCUCAAUACUAGAGAAAAACAUUUAAAAAUUUUAGUGGAGCUUUUACCUCCUCCCAACAAAAUGCUCUUGGGCUGGCUAAUCACCCACUUACACAACAUUUCAUUAAAUGAAAAAUGCAAUAAAAUGAACAAACAAAGCAUCUCCACAGCUCUCAAUCACACUUUCCACUGCUCCUCCCGCCUUUUACACGCCUUACUCCACCACUGCCUUGCUCUUUUCCCCACCAUUAAAGUCGAGCGGUAUAUUCCUCCCCUCGAAUCCGGCGCUAAACUCCCCGACGACCCUCAAGAAAUCGAAACGGAACUCAAAAAACAAGAAUCUCUUCUCACCCAAAUCCACAAAGAAAUGAACGUUUGUUGCAUAUCGAAACAAAGGGAAGAACUCUUAUGGGAAGUACAAAGAAUCAUCACCCAACUUAAACGUAAACUUAAAACGGCAAACCGCGACAAAGAAGCGGUCGAAAAAAUUGAAACUCACGUUGAAGAACCCGAACCGGAACCUGAAACUUCAGAAAAACCGGAAACCCAAGCCGAGGAAGUCGCCGAGAGUGAAGAACCAGUGACUGAAGAAUCCGAACUGGACAACAACGUCGCAUUGUUGAAGUUUAAAAAUGAGGGGCUUUUGCUACUGAGGGACUCGCUUUUGAAGGAUAUCCAAGCUGAGCGCAACCAAAUCGCGGUUUUGCGGUCGCAGAUAACAGGGGAGGUCCCCCCGGUGGCCAUGGUGCCGAAUGAAGAUCUGGAUGAAGUUAUGGACCUCUUCCUCAAGGAGAACCAAAUUUUACAAAUCAAGAAAAUCAAUUUAGUCAGACAGAUCAUAGAAGAGCAAGAGAUGUGUAUCGAAUUGAGAGCGCAGAUUUUAGCGAAAUCGUAACUGUGUCCAGUAUUAUUGUAACUGUAUAUAAUAAAUGUUUACUGAAAUUGAC